CUGACGUAGCAUGGUAGCAGUCAGGCACGUCGGCAUGAAAAAAGGAAACAAAAGAGGCUGUCGGAGCCGAGUUUUAUAACCGGGAAAAGGACACUAUUUUAAACAGGAAUUUCUGCUUCCUGGCCGCGCACAUGAUGCCGCGUUGUGUAAUUGGCAAGGAAGGGUGACGCGAGGAAGCUAAUGUGGCUAAUGCUACUAGCUUGUCGCUGGCUGUCACCAUACUUUUAUUACGGUGAAGGAUCAUGACACAGGAAUGCAGCGUGUGUGCGGUCACCCUUGGAGUGGAGGGCAUGACUUGCGGCUCAUGUGUCCAGUCCAUAGAGCAGCGCAUCGGUUCCCUCCAGGGGAUCAUACACAUAAAGGUGUCUUUAGAGCAGAAAAAUGCCACAGUCAUUUUCAAGGACAGCCAACAGAGCACAAGGUCUUUGUUGGAGGCCAUUGAUGACAUGGGGUUCGAAUCCAGUUUACCUGCGUCCAGUUCAGCCACAUCUGUCUCCACUGACAACCAGCUGAUCCCCACAUCAGGACUGGAACCUGUAGCCCGACAGGAGGCUUUGGAGAAGCUGUCUCAGAUUGUGGGAGUACUAGAUGUUCGGGAGAGCCUGACUGAAGAGGGUCUCAUCGUCAUGUUUGUCCCAUCUUUAACGUCCAAGCAACAGCUCACUGAAGUUGUCACAGACCUAUUGCCGUUGGAGCACGCCGCACUCGGCAGCCCUGUCCAAAAAGACCCGCCCAUGUCUCCGUCUCACAGCAUGGCAAGCAAAGCGGCGCUCCUGAAGAUGAGCAUUCAAGGCAUGACCUGUCACUCCUGCACGACCACUAUUGAGGGGAAGAUUGGGAAACUGAAAGGGAUUGAAAAGAUUAAAGUCACUUUGGAGUCUCAGGAAGCUACAAUUGUGUACCUGCCUUACCUCAUCAGUGUCCAGACCAUCAUCGACCAGAUUUCUUUAGCUGGCUUUAAGGCUUGGGUCAAGUACAAACCACGCCCACUGCGGCUGUCCUUCAGUGAAGUUGAACGUUUUGGUCAUACUCCAAAACCCAGCACUUCUUCCCCGUCAGAGACUUCGGAGGAGACUGAAAUCUUCAUUGACACUGUGCUAGUGAUGCUCGGGGUGAAAGGCAUGCACUGUCGAUCAUGUGUGGUCAAUAUUCAAGACAACAUCUCCGUGCUGCCUGGUGUAUCCUCUGUAGAGGUCUCUCUGGAGGAGGAGAAAGCCUCAAUUUGCUACGACCCCCUAAAAGUCACAGUGCUUCAGCUGCGUCAGGCAAUUGAAGCCCUGCCUCCAGGAAACUUCAAGACUCAACCUUGGGACUCGUCCAGGCUCCUCAGCCCUUCAGCCACCCCGCCUCCUCCGCCUGCGUUAUCAUCACCUCGAACGUUUGGAGUGUUCCAGGCCAAACCUGCUAUAUCCCAGCCUUGCUUUAGCCAGCCUCUUGCAUCCACGGUCAAUAUAUGCAUUGAGGGCAUGACAUGCAAUUCCUGUGUCCAGUCCAUCGAAGGCAUGAUGUCUCAAAGGAAAGGUGUGAUGUCCGUGCAGGUCUCUCUGGCUGAUCACCAGGGCAUCUUUGAAUACGAUCCCCUCCUGACAACCUCAGAAGAGCUGAGGGAUGCCAUAGAAGACAUGGGCUUUGAUGCCUUCUUACCUGAGACCAAUUCUCUGCUACCCGUGUCGGGUUCCAGUGUCUUCAAGUCUUCCAGUGUAAUGCCUAUUAAAGAUAAGGAGCUAGACAUCGACCUCCUUAAAGAGACACCCCUGGAACACCAAACAGACAAGAGAGACAAACAUUCUAAGUGUUUCAUCCAGAUCCGAGGCAUGACCUGUGCGUCCUGUGUGGCAAACAUUGAGCGAAACCUCAAAAAUGAACCAGGUAUCUUCUCCGUCCUGGUAGCGCUAAUGGCCAGUAAGGCUGAGGUGCGAUAUAACCCCGAAACGAUCGACCCCAUGAUGAUCGCCGAGUGUGUCAAAGAGCUCGGCUUCUCCGCCUCAGUAAUGGAGAACUAUGAAGGUUCAGAUGGAAACCUGGAAUUAGUGGUCAGGGGAAUGACGUGUGCCUCUUGUGUCCACAAAAUUGAGUCCACUCUUAUGAAAGAAAAUGGGAUCAUAUAUGCCUCUGUUGCCUUAGCAACCAACAAAGCACACAUUAAGUAUGACUCUGAAGUGAUAGGACCACGAGACAUCAUCAAGCAGAUUGGGAAUAUGGGUUUUGAAGCAUCUUUGGUGAAGCGGGACCGCGCCGCCAGCCACUUGGACCACAGCAAAGAGAUAAGACAGUGGAGGAAAUCUUUCCUGGUGAGCCUGAUAUUCUGUGUGCCAGUGAUGGGUAUGAUGAUGUACAUGAUCAUCAUGGACCACCAGAUGAGUGUUUCACAUCAACAUAAUGCUACAGCCGAAGACCGCAACCUCUUCCACUCUACCAUGUUCCUGGAGAGACAACUGCUCCCAGGCCUCUCCGUCAUGAACCUGCUGUCUUUCCUCUUCUGUGUGCCCGUGCAGUUUAUUGGAGGUCGCUACUUCUACAUUCAAGCCUACAAAGCAGUGAAACACAGAUCUGCCAACAUGGAUGUACUUAUAGUCCUGGCGACCUCCAUCGCCUUCACAUACUCUUUGAUCGUGCUAAUAGUGGCCAUGGUGGAGAAGGCAAAAGUCAACCCCAUCACCUUCUUUGACACACCACCUAUGCUCUUUGUCUUCAUCUCCUUGGGACGCUGGCUGGAACAGAUAGCCAAGAGCAAAACAUCUGAGGCACUAUCCAAGCUGAUGUCUCUACAAGCCACUGAGGCCACAGUGGUCACGCUCAGUAGCGACUCCUCCAUUCUAAGUGAGGAGCAGGUAGAUGUUGAACUGGUGCAGAGAGGAGAUGUGGUAAAAGUAGUUCCUGGAGGAAAGUUUCCCGUCGAUGGUCGAGUUAUUGAGGGGCAUUCCAUGGCGGAUGAGUCUCUCAUCACAGGUGAGGCCAUGCCCGUGACUAAGAAGCCUGGGAGUUUUGUGAUUGCGGGCUCCAUUAACCAGAACGGCUCUCUGUUGGUCACCGCUACACAUGUUGGCAUGGACACCACGCUGUCACAGAUUGUCAAACUCGUUGAAGAGGCUCAAACCUCAAAGGCUCCCAUCCAACAGUAUGCAGAUAAGAUCAGUGGCUACUUUGUACCCUUCAUUGUUGGGGUGUCAGUCCUCACCUUGAUAUCCUGGAUUGUAAUUGGGUUCCUGGAUUUCCCUCUCGUGGAAAAAUACUUUCCAGGUUACGACAAGAGCAUCUCCAGGGCAGAGGCGGUGAUUCGCUUUGCCUUCCAGGCCUCCAUUACUGUGUUAUGCAUCGCCUGCCCUUGUUCCCUCGGCCUAGCCACCCCGACAGCUGUAAUGGUGGGCACUGGAGUUGGAGCUCAGAAUGGCAUUCUGAUAAAAGGAGGGGAACCUCUGGAGAUGGCACAUAAGGUCCAGUCGGUGGUGUUUGAUAAGACAGGGACCAUUACCUGUGGCGCCCCAAAAGUUAUCCAGGUCAAGAUUGUUGUGGAAGGCAACAAAAUGCCUCGCUCUCGGCUGCUCGCCAUCGUGGGAACAGCUGAGAACAACAGCGAGCAUCCUCUGGGAGCGGCUAUCACCAAGUACUGCAAGCAGGAGCUCGCCACCGAGUCGCUUGGAACAUGCACAGACUUCCAGGCUGUGCCGGGUUGCGGCAUUCGGUGUCAGGUCAGCAACACGGAGAUGCUCUCAAAGCACGCGGACAGUGACAGCGAGGACAACAACCAGCGCAACAGCGUCCUUGUUCAGAUCAGCGACACGUCGACGAGCUCCCAUCCUCUUAUUAUGGACCCACAGCCACUUAGCAUUGUCCAGACUGCAAGCUACGUCGUCCUGAUUGGCAAUCGAGAGUGGAUGAGCAGGAAUGGUCUACAGGUCCGGCCCGAUAUUGAUGAAGCCAUGACUGAGCAUGAGCGCAGAGGACGCACAGCAGUCCUCGUUGCUGUAGACAAUCUGCUGUGUGCCAUGAUAGCCAUAGCAGACACUGUGAAACCAGAAGCUGAGCUGGCAGUCCAAACUCUUACCAACAUGGGCCUGGAAGUUGUGCUGAUGACGGGAGACAACAGCAAGACAGCACGGGCCAUUGCUGCACAGGUGGGCAUCAGGAAGGUUUUUGCGGAGGUGCUGCCCUCCCACAAGGUGGCCAAGGUGGAGCAGCUGCAGCAGGCGGGAAAGAGGGUUGCCAUGGUGGGCGACGGCGUCAACGACUCACCGGCUCUGGCCAUGGCUGACGUGGGCAUCGCCAUAGGAACAGGCACAGACGUGGCUAUUGAGGCAGCAGAUGUGGUGUUGAUCAGGAAUGACCUGCUGGAUGUGGUGAGCAGCAUUGACCUCUCGAAAAAGACUGUCAAGAGGAUCAGGAUCAACUUUAUCUUUGCACUCAUCUACAACCUGGUUGGCAUUCCCAUCGCUGCAGGUGUGUUCCUUCCGAUUGGUCUGGUACUACAGCCGUGGAUGGGCUCUGCUGCCAUGGCACUGUCUUCUGUCUCUGUGGUUUUGUCCUCCCUUCUUCUGAAAUGCUACACCAAGCCCAGCGCAGAGAAGAUGGAGGCCCGACUGGGCAAUACCAGGCAGCAGGGCAGCCUGUCCGACGUCAGCGUCCAUAUCGGCAUGGGCGAGCUGCGGCGACCCUCGCCCAAGCUCAGCCUGCUUGACCGCAUCGUCAACUAUAGCCGGGCGUCCAUCAACUCGCUGCGCUCCGACAAGCACUCGAUCCACAGCUUGGUGCUCAGCGAGCCCGACAAGCACUCGCUCCUGGUGGGGGAGGCGCCGUGUGAGGAGGACUUCUGCUGAAAGUCACCGUCGCAACAAGCACGUGGUCCACCAAGUGUUUCACAUGCUGAAGGAGCUUAACGUUGUUAAUGGCCUUGCCUUUCUGCUCUGGGUGCCCCCGGCUUCACAGAAAGAGCAUGUGCGCUCUUGUGUAUUCUUCACGCUCAACCAGCUGAUCACAAGCACUUCAGAGCACUUUUCACAUCUUUUUGUUGAAGUCGGAGUCCUUGGGCGCCCUCUCAGAGCUGCCAUCUAACACUUUGCUUUUUUGUUUGUGGUCCAAAAGAGUGACGUUUGCACAAUCACAAACGCCUAUCCAAAGACGUGUUAAGACACGUCAUGUUUUUAGCUCUUUUCCCCUUCGGUGUUGUUUAAAUGUGAUAUUUAUAUUUACCUUAUUUAUCUUCUCCAUUGAAAUCUGUGUGGGGGAAAAAAUGGGAAUGCAAAUGUUGCAGAAUUUGCAUUUUUAAAUCUGAACAAGCAUCACGAGUCAGUGAUGCUUCAGAGUGAAGACGGCGGACGUAGUCAGUGCAGUGCCAUUGGAAAGUACAUGCACAUUCCAAAGAGCGCACCCUGGACACGACUGGCUUCACAUGUUUCCGUGGCAACAGCGUGUGUGUCAGUCAGCCUGCAGCUGCUUGGCUAAGAUGUGAGCUGUUUGUGGCUCUCACAUCUUAAUUUGCUGUUACAUGAGAAAGUCUUUGUGCUGAGACUUGGCUCCUUGCCGUGCUGUUUGUCUUCUACAUGCCAUGUAAGUGCAUUAGUACAAGUUGGAUGGUGUUAGCGUUACUGCCUCAAAAGCGUAUGGCCGUAGUGUCACGUUUAUCAUUAAUAAUCACAUGCACAUAAAUCAUAUAAGCUGGAGCACUAACCGACUUUUAUAGUCAUGGGUGGUCACUAGGGGUGUCACAAAAUCUGGCAUGAUUAAAACGUGACAAGAUUUUUUUGUUCAGAAAAAAACUGCCUUGUGGACACUAGGCCUGGGACAAAUUAAUUAAUCACACAAUAAAUGAAAAUGAACUAGAUAAUUUUGCCGGCCAUAAUAUACUGUCAUGUGCAAAACGGGCAGGAAGAGACUUCACUCUGUGCAUUGCUUUCAGCCCCUUGGUGCGUUUGUUCCAUACAACAACGGCAUGAACGGAGUGAACCCUUUUGUCAGUCCUGCAGUCUUAUUUGUCUCGGUGGGUGGAGGCGGGGCCGCUGGCAUACACACAAAGUGCUGAAAACGGAAACGUUGUAGAUUGAUAUACUGUAUAUUUUUUAAUUAUUUUGAAAGUCGUGUGUUCCUUCCGAUUGGUCUGGCGUUACAGCCAUGGAUGGGCUUUUUUAAUUUUUUUUUUUUUUUAAUUUCAUUGUGCUUUUCUUAAAAGUAAUGUUAAAAUCUCGUCACAUGACCUGAGUGUCUCGUGACUCCCCUAGUGGCUACCAUUUUAGAUAUACUGCUUUUGUUUUGAUUUUAUUUUUGCACAAUUAUCAGCCUUUUUAAAAACACGAUAGUGCAGCCCGGGUUUAGUUUUUAUUUAGUUGCUGCCUCGUUCGCUUGAUGUCUUCUGAAGCUCCCGCCAGCCUGUUUGAACGUCGUCCAUAAAGCUUCACGUAGUGCGUCUCCAUUUGCGGCCAAACUAAGCUUUAGAUUUGCUUUGAUUGUUCUUCUAAACAUAAUGUGCCUUGCAAUUAAAAUCAAAACGUUUCA